CCCCUGUGUUUCUUCCUGGCUGCCAGCGACAGAGCCGACGAGUUCAGCUUCUGCGGGCUGCUGGGCAGGCGUUUGCGCUCAGACUCCAGAUGAAAAUGUUUGAGAGUGUUGACACUCCAGCCACAAGAUCUGGCAGGGAUCUCUGGGCUGAAAUCUGCCCCUGUCUGCCAAAUCCUGACCAAGAAGAUGCUGCCAACAACGCCUUCUCGGACUCCUUUGUGGAUUCUCACCGGGCAGGUGGAGGCCAGAGGGAGGCAGCCAGCUUCCCCGUGCAGCCAGCGGUGAAGCCCUGGGCGCCUUUGCAGGAUUCGGAAGUGUAUUUAGCAUCCCUAGAGAAGAAACUGAGAAGAAUCAAAGGUUUAAAUCAGGAAGUGACUUCCAAGGACAUGCUUCGAACCCUGGCCCAAGCCAAGAAGGAGUGUUGGGAUCGCUUCCUCCAGGAGAAGCUAGCGUCCGAGUUCUUUGUGGAUGGAUUGGAUUCUGAUGAGAGCACCUUGGAACAUUUCAAGAGGUGGCUCCAGCCAGAUAAAGUCGCCAUCAACACAGAGGAGGUCCAGUGUCUGAUUCCUCCGGAAUCACAGGUUGAGAAGCCAGCAGCUGAGGAUGAGCCAGAAGCCGGAAACAAGCCAGUGGCAGCAGAACAAUAAAUCACACACGCACACACACGCACGCUCGCCGCCGCCUGCUGAGCAGCUGUCUCAGGCCCAGAGGGAACAGUGGAGCUCAGGAGCAGCAGCAAAGAGAAAUCCAGGGAGAGAAAAGGCCCAGGCUCCCACUCCCUACAGCCAACAGCUGCAAGCCCCCGGGGACUUGCUUGGGGCUGGCCUGUGUGACUGUCUUGGAUGAAGUGACUGACCCAGAGUGUCCUGGACCAAAAUGCCGCCUCCCUCUGUGCCCAGCUUGCCUGAGCUCUGGUGCUGCAGGUUGGAGGUCUGGGAAGGCUCCAGGGAGGGACUGGGAGAAACAGGCUCCCUUGUGUAGAACGUGUAGUGAGCCACGUUUCCGUGUUUUCUCUUGCCUCCUCUGGGUACGCACGCCUGCGCCCCAGGCAUUCCCUUGUAAGUUGUCAGGGGUGAGUGGGGCAAAGGCAGUGAUCUGAGCCCUACAUGUGGCUUCUUUAACAAAUCUGUAAUAAAUGCAAGGACCCUAGGGAAAGAGGCUGGUCUGAUUGAUUCCUUCUGGAGGACAUGGGUGAAAAUGUGGGCAUUUACGUGUGUGUGUGUGUACAUUUUUUAUUUUAUGCAUGGCUUCUCCCCGAGCUUCUUCCUGUACAAGGUUCCAUAUUAGACUUGUAAAUAUGGUUUCGUGUUUGCCACCCCUGAAUAGUCCACACUUGUUCCGUGUGGCGGCUUUCCUGGCUGAGCUUGAGCCUCCCUCCUAGUUUCCAUGUUUUUAUGCAGUGUGUGGUGUCCAUACGAACCUGUUCUCAUCAGAAUAGCUUGUGUGUGCUUCUGUGGACCCAGUUCCUCCCAGAGGGAUGCUCCCACACAGCGGGGAGGUAAAGACAAAUGCAUACCCACAGAGAGGAGCUGUAAACCUUUGCCAACCUCCUGUUUUUGUUUUUUAAAUAUUUAAUUGAAAGGCAGAGAGAGAGAAAAUCUCCCAUCUGCGUGUUCACUUCCCAAAUGCCUGCAACAACCAAGGCUGAAUCUGGGAGCCAGGAACUCAGUCCAGGUCUCCCAGGUGGGAAACCAAUGGCUUAAGCCAUUGACUGCUGCCUUCCAGGGUCUGUGUUAGUUGAGUAGAGUUGGGUAUCACAUCCAGGCACUCUGAUAUGGGGCACAAGUCUCUGAACUAUUGGGCCGUAACCAUGCUCCCAGCCUCCUGGUUUUAACAUGUGCCUCUGACAGUCCAAAGCUUGGGGUCUGAGGGUAGAAUUCUGAGGCCAUGGCUCAGGUCAUGGAGCUUCUUCUUGAGUAGUAAUUACCAAAUCCCUAAUGAUGAGUAAAGUGGCUAUACAAAUCUUCAGAGAGGAACAGGAGUUUGGCCUGGCUUAAGGGGCUGGCAUUGUGGUGCAGCAAGUUAAGCUGUUGCUUGUGGUGACAUCCAUAGAAGUACAAGUUCAAGUCUUGGCUGCUCUACUUCUGCUUCAGUUCCCUGCAGUUGUAGCCAUCUAGGGAGUGAACCAGCAGAUGGAAAGUUGCUCUCUCUAACUCUGUUUUUCAAAUAAAUAAUUUUUAAAAACAUUUAUUUAUUUGAAAGGCAGAAUUACAGAGAGGCAGAGGCAGAGAGAGCUAGAGAGGUCUUCCAUCCACUGUUCACUCCCCAAAUGACCAUAACGACCAGAGCUGAGCUGAUCUGAAGCCAGGAGCCAGGAGUUUCUUCCAGGUCUCCCAUGCUGGUGCAGAGGCCCAAGGACUUGGGCCAUCUUCUACUUCUUUUCCAGGCCACAGAAGAGAACUAGAUUAGAAGUGGAACAGCCAGGACUCGAACCAACACCCACAUGGGAUGCCAGCACUGCAGGCAGCGGCUUUACCCACUACACCACAGCACUAGCCCCUCAAAUAAAUAAAUCUUAAAAAAUAAAAAGGCUAAUUAAGACUCUCAUGUCUCAGGGCCCGUGCUGUGGCACAGCAGGUAAGGCUACCACCUGCAGUGCUGGCACCCCCCCCCCCCCCAUAUAGGUGUCGGUUCUAGUCCUGCCUGCUCCACUUCUGAUCUUAGGCCCCUGCACUUGUGUGGGAGACCCAGAAGAAGCUCUUGGCUCCUGGCUUCAGAUCAGCACAGCUCUGGCCAUUGCAGCCAAUUGGGGAGAUAACCA